GGAAAGUAGUGAGGGAGCUGUCGGACGUGCCUAUGUGGGAGGUGUCUGUUUUGCCAAGGCCAAGUGCGCCAUAGUCAUACCUCAGAGAAAUGGUGUUACGCGGGAGCUUCAUGAACUUGGCCACAAUCUUGGACUCCUCCACGAUCCAAGGACCCCCAAUUGCACUUGGCCCUACGGUUUCAUGGGCUGGCAAGACACCACCGAUUUCAAGGACUGUUACCGACCACUGCUUCUGUCAUCGUUAGC